UCAACACUCUUCGUUUCUCAUUUCUGUUGUUGAGUUUGGGUGCAGCAGCAGUCAUUUUCCUGUCGUCCAAACUUUGUCUGUCCUUUGUGCGUACUUUUCGGGCGUGGAAAGCUGGAAAAAGUGCCACUUUCCACUGUUUUCCACCUUCUACACGCGUAGAACGAGAGAGAGCGAGACAACAGCUGAUUGAACCUGGCGAGAGGGAACGCGACGGAAAAUCUAUCAUUGACUUUCGUCGUCAUUGGGCAAAAGUAAAACAGAAAGAAAGUUUUUCGGUGGUUCAGUGCAUCUCGUAGACCUGCAGACAACAACGACGGCGACGGAGAUUUUCCUCUGCUGAACGCACCCAAACAAGUCCAAAACAGGAAAUAAUCCAUCCCCAGGCGAAAGAUGACUUAUCGGGAGGCUUCUCACGCCGGAAGUUGGUACACCGACUCAGGUUCCGAACUCAACCGACAACUGUCCAAAUGGCUGGAUGACUCCGAUCUGACCUUUGGGCCGGCUCGCGCCAUUAUCGCCCCACACGCAGGAUAUCGCUACUGUGGCGCUUGCGGAGCCUGGGCGUACCGACAAAUUAGUCCGGCCGUUGUGAAGCGCGUCUUCAUCCUGGGACCCUCCCACCAUGUCCGCCUGUCGCGUUGUGCCCUGUCGGCGGCCCAGUUCUGUCGUACGCCGCUGUACGACCUCAAGGUUGACCAACAGGUCAACGCCGAGCUGGAGGCCACCGGACACUUCAAGUGGAUGGACCAAAAGACUGACGAGGACGAGCACAGCAUCGAGAUGCACCUUCCCUACGUGGCCAAAGUGAUGGAAGACUUCCGUGACCAGUUCACCAUUGUGCCAAUCAUGGUCGGCUCGAUCAGCAACGACUGGGAGGAAACGUACGGCAAGAUCCUGGCGCCGUACCUGGCCGACCCGCAGAAUCUCUUCGUCAUCUCGUCCGACUUUUGCCACUGGGGUGCCCGCUUCCGGUACACGUACUACGAGGAGUCGCACGGCCCGAUCUACAAGUGGAUCGAGGUGCUGGACAAGAUGGGCAUGGAUCUGAUCGAGACACUGAAGCCGGAGAGCUUCGCCGAGUAUCUGCGAAAGUACAACAACACAAUUUGCGGCCGCCAUCCGAUCGGGGUGUUGCUACAGUCCGUCGAAGAGCUGAAGCGGCGCGGCUACCGGAUGAGCUUCAAAUUUCUCAAGUACGACCAAAGCAAUCAGUGCUGUGAUAAAAAAGACUCCAGCGUUAGCUAUGCCUCAGGUUCGCUGAUUUUCGAGUAAAACCUCAACGAGUUUCUGAAACCGCGCUGCUUGAUGUGCAACCUAUUUGAAUGUCCAAACUAAAUAUUUGCGUAAGACAACUGCACGGAUAGAGAGAGUUUAUAAGAUUGCAGGCAAACAAAUGAGAAUCAGCUGGAUAGCGGAAGCAUGCGCGGGGAUGUACUGAUGUUAUGCAACAAAUACCACAUUAUUAAAGAGAUACGGUAAUCGAGAGAAUUUUAAUAUAUAAAAUAUAUACAUUUUUUGUGACUCAUCAAACUUAUUGUUAGUAAUUUACCCCAUUCGUGAGCAUUCUAAAUUUCGGUAUUCGAUUCUAUUGGUUAAUAGGCCUCAUUUUGAUCAUCCAAAACCUCCACAUACUGUUUCUCUUCUCAUUUAAAAUCAUACAAAGCGAACAGAGAUCUAUAAGAGUCAACCUGAACAAUUGCGAAUGUACUUUUUGUUUUGUUAAGCAGUAGCAAUUCUUGUUUUUUGUCGUACAGUCAACGAAUUUUCAUACGAUAUAGUUUGUCUUUCUUCUCAAUACACCUAGUUAAGGCAUUAAGUUCAAAUUGUGUAAUACAACCGUAAACUUUAUUCGUUUGAGUGAAUAUAAUGAAGCUUUAGCAGAAAUGGA